UCCCCCAAUUUAACAAGUCUGAGAAUUUUUUAUUUUGAAUUUUCUAAGAAUUGUGAAUUUGGCAGAGGGUGAUGCCAAAUUCUGAGCAGAAGAUUUCUGAUUUGAUUUCAGGGAUAAUGUAGGGUUUGGGGACGAUUCUGAAUUGGGGUUUUGGUACAGAGAGUCAGUUCACUUGAUGGAGAUGAAGAGAGUAGAGGAAUCGAAGCCAAGGGAAGCGAUUCUGUAUGUUAAUGGCGUCCGUCGAAUUUUGCCCCACGGAUUUGCCCAUCUCACCCUUCUACAGUAUCUCAGAGGUCGAAAUGGGAACUCAGGAUUAUGAUAUUGUAAAGCGUGGUAGUGCUGUUGGAGUUCCUGAAAUGCAUCUCUCAGCAAAACUCCAGGUUACAGGUGAGGCAGAGUAUACAGAUGACGUUCCCAUGCCACCUAACUGUUUACAUGCAGCACUGGUGUUGAGCAAAAAACCCCAUGCUCGUAUACUUAAGAUGGAUGAUGAUGCAGCAAGAUCAUCUCCCGGGGUUGCAGGAAUUUUCCUUUCCAAGGAUAUCCCAGGGGAACACAUGAUUGGGCCAGCUGUUUUGGACGAGGAACUUUUUGCUUCUGAGAUUGUGACAUGUGUGGGUCAGGCUAUUGGAGUGGUGGUGGCUGAUACCCAUGAAAAUGCAAAGCUCGCUGCUCGAAAAGUCAACAUUCAAUAUGAAGAACUACCAGCAGUCUUAUCCAUUGAAGAUGCUAUCAAGUCUAAUAGUUUCCAUACUAAUACUGAAAGAUGUCUUGUAAAAGGGGAUGUUGAACAUUGCUUCUCGUCUGACCAAUGCGAUAAGAUUGUAGAAGGAAAGGUGCAGAUAGGGGGUCAGGAGCACUUCUAUUUGGAGCCAAAUAGUACUCUGAUAUGGACUAAUGAUGCAGGAAAUGAAGUUCAUAUGAUCUCAUCUACACAAUGCCCAGAGAAGCACCAAAAAUAUGUUGCUCGUGUUCUUGGUCUCGAAUUGUCAAAAGUGGUCUGCAAGACCAAAAGACUUGGGGGUGGAUUUGGAGGGAAAGAAACCCGGUCUGCUUUCCUGGCUGCUAUAGCUGCCAUUCCUUCAUAUUUGCUGAAUCGUCCUGUGAAGAUUACACUAGACAGGGAUGUAGACAUGAUGAUAACCGGACAACGCCAUAGCUUUCUCGGGAUGUAUAAGGUUGGUUUUACUAAUGAUGGAAAAGUACUUGCUUUGGAUCUUGAAAUCUACAAUAAUGGUGGAAACUCGCUUGAUCUUUCACUUCUGGUGCUUGAGCGUGCCAUGUUCCAUUCAGACAAUGUGUAUGAGAUUCCGAAUGUUAGGAUUAAAGGAAAGGUUUGCUUCACUAAUUUUCCCAGUAAUACUGCUUUCCGAGGGUUUGGCGGCCCACAGGGCAUGUUAAUUGCUGAGAAUUGGGUUCAAAGAAUUUCCAUGGAAGUCAAGAAAAGCCCAGAAGAAAUUAGGGAGAUCAAUUUUCAAAAGGAGGGAUCAGUUUUGCAUUAUGGUCAAAAAAUUGAACAGUCCACCGUGGAACGUCUAUGGAAUGAACUGAAGAUGUCCACAGACAUAUUGCAUGCUCGCAAAGAAGUUGAGCUAUUCAAUCUUCAAAAUAGAUGGAGGAAGCGGGGAAUUGCUAUUGUUCCAACAAAAUUUGGCAUCUCUUUCACUGCUAAGUUUAUGAAUCAGGCAGGUGCUCUUGUUCAUGUGUACACAGACGGAACUGUGUUGGUCAAACAUGGUGGUACUGAGAUGGGUCAAGGUUUGCAUACAAAAAUUGCACAGAUUGCUGCUUCUUCUUUCAAUAUUCCACUCGCCUCUGUAUUUAUAUCAGAGACAAGUACUGAUAAGGUUCCCAAUGCCUCCCCAACAGCAGCUUCUGCAAGUUCUGAUAUAUAUGGUGCAGCUGUUAUGGAUGCAUGUGAACAAAUAAAAGCACGAAUGCAGCCUCUAGCUUCCCAACAGAAUUUUGGCUCAUUCACUGAGCUUGUCAAGGCAUGCUACAUGGAGCGAAUAAACCUUUCUGCUAAUGGGUUUUAUAAGACACCUGAUAUUGGCUUUGACUGGAAAACUGGUAAAGGGUCUCCAUAUAAUUAUUUUACUUAUGGAGCUGCAUAUGCUGAAGUUGAAAUUGACACAUUAACGGGAGACUUCCAUACAAGGAGGGCUGAUGUGAUUUUGGAUCUUGGAAUUUCUCUAAAUCCAGCACUUGAUGUUGGACAGAUUGAAGGGGCAUUUGUACAAGGUCUUGGGUGGGUGGCUCUUGAAGAGCUAAAAUGGGGUGAUGAUGCUCAUAGAUGGAUAUCACCAGGAUGUUUGUAUACAUCCGGGCCUGGUAAUUACAAUCCUUCCAUUAAUGACGUCCUCUUCAAAUUUAACAUCUCCCUUCUCAAGGAUACUCCUAAUGAUAAGGCCAUUCACUUAUCCAAAGCAGUGGGAGAGCCCCCAUUUUUCCUUGCCUCAUCCGUUUUCUUUGCCAUCAAGGAUGCUAUUAUAGCCGCACGGGCUGAAGUAGGCCUCACUGACUGGUUCCCUUUUGACAAUCCAGCAACUCCUGAACGUAUUCGGAUGGCUUGUGUAGAUGAAUUCACAAAAACCUUCUGUGAUUCUGACUUCCGCCCUAAACUCAGUGUUUAGGAUCAGUCCAGGACAGUGCAGUGGUAAUUUCAAGACAGACUUAUUGCUGCAUCUUAUUAUCCUGAAUGGCACCAUGAAAUUCUCGCAUUCAGUGGUAAUUUUGUGUCUUCAAGUUGUUAAGACUUCUGAUCUCAUUCAGAUUAUAAUUUGUUGUUGUAAUCACACCAAUUCCGCAGCUCGCAUUGACACUGGUUUAUGUCAUAUUUUGAUUUAUCUAAAACAUUUGAUUGAGCAAUGGUCUUUCAUAUGUGAUCUGUAAUAAAUAGACUUCUAAAGUUAAAUAUGAAAGAAAUUGGCCGAAUCAGUUCUAGUCUAUGCUCUCUUUAGAAAGCUUGACAGUCAGCCCUUUGCUGUGAAAAACAUCAAAUGGGAACAAGAA